AUGCAUGAGAAAAUAGCUCCUGCUACACCUGCAGUGAGAUACAAAAACAUUGUUGCGACAGCGGGACUCCGCUAUGACCGAUCUCCUUAUCAAGGUUGGCCGUCAAAUGAGAGUGACCAACUUUGGUCAGAUUUGUACAACUUCGGACUUACUAGAAUCUCCAUGAAGGAGGUGGUUCUACUGGCGAACCGCACGGUCCCUAUCUAUGGAGAUCCUGGCCACUACAUCGUAACACUAGAUGUUUUCCAUCAACUGCAUUGUCUGAGUAUGAUCCGACAGCGAAUAUGGUCCACCGAAGAGACCACUCCCUUUGGCUACGUCGGUGAUCGUCACAUGGACCAUUGCAUAGAGUCUAUCAGAGAGUCUCUCAUGUGCUCCAGCGAUAUUUCACCUCGACCUUACGGCUGGAGCGAGGAAUUCGGAGAAGUACUUCCGGUGAAUCAGUUUCUACGCACAUGUCGUGACUUUGACGCACUCCGAGACUGGGCCAUGGAGCGCCAGGUUCGCAAUUGGAAUACUAAGGUGCAUGUGGACGAUCCUCUUGGGAACAUUUAUGUAUCUCCUUCCGAGUAG